GUAGUAGAUCGAUAAAAGGCAGUUGAAUCUCGGCGCGCCCACAGUGGCGCAAGCGCAACUGACAAUCAUUGUUCAAAUCUAAACAACAUUUUUAUGCACAAAAUGAAUUUAAAUGCGUUCUCGUGUUGUGUUAUUUUUAGUACCCUGGUUGUGUUCUUUCCAUAUGGAUGCUCAAAACUUGCACCCGACUAUAUCCACCCCUGCAAUGACGCGAGUAGACAAUGUCUAGUGAAGUCUACUCAGGAGGCCAUUCCGGAGUUCGUGAAAGGCAUCCCUGACCUUGGGGUCCCAAGUUUGGACCCCUUUGUCAUUGAGCAACUGUCUAUCCCGCUGAGUGGGCUGAAGGUCACCUUCUAUCAGGGAAAGGUCACCGGCUUCAGAAAGUGCAUCGUUGAUGAUGUCAUAUCCGAGUUGGAUAAACGUCAUUUUGUUCUACAGUUUCAUUGCAAUCUGACGAUCAAAGGGCAGUAUGAGGCCAAAGGAAAGAUACUGUUGUUCCCCAUAGAUGGAGCAGGAGAUGCUAAAGUUAAAUUAACUAAUUUAAGGAUGAAAGUGAACAUUAACACUAAAUACACGAAGGACAAAGAGGAUAGAAUUCAUUUCGGGCUAAAAGAUUACAAAUACACAUUCGAUUACGGCGAUCGUGUCACUUUUGAUCUCAAGAACCUCUUCAAGGGAAGUAAAGAGCUAAGUGAUACUGUUUUGGCAUUCCUAAAUGAAAAUUGGAAGACUGUGGCGGAAGAAUUUGGAAAACCCAUCGUAGACUAUGCUGUAGAUCUAGCUAUAAGGACCAUAGAGAAAUUCUUCGUCGCAGUGCCCUAUGAAGAACUUAUUAAUGUGCCCUUCACAUUUAAUUAAAACAGUGUUUUAUAAAUAAGCGAUAAUAAGACUUACUACAUGUUAAAUUUUUGUAUAGAUUUGAUUGGUUUUCAAUAAAUUUGUAGGUAUUUC